CGGGGCCUGGUGGCUGCGCAGCGCGGCGGGGUGCGCGAAGCAGACCCGGCCGCCGCGGCUCCUCGGCGCGCGGCCCAGCACCUGCUGCCCUCGCCCGGCCCCGGGCGCCGCUGCCAUGCGGCUGGCGCUGCUCUGGGCCCUGGGGCUCCUGGGCGCGGGCAGCCCUCUGCCCUCCCGGCCGCUCCCAGAUAUAGGUGGCACUGAGGAGGAGCAAGGAAGGCCGGAGAGAAAGAUCUUGGAGCCCCAGAUCCUUCAGGACAACCUCACGCUCAGCCUAGCAGAGGUGCUUCAGACCAGUCUGCCUGAGGCUUUGCGGAUCACAUUGGAAUUGGAUGGUGAGAGUCAUAUCCUGGAGCUGCUACAGAAUAGGGAACUAGUACCAGGCCGCCCAACCCUGGUGUGGUACCAGCCUGAUGGCACCCGGGUGGUCAGUGAGGGACACACUCUGGAGCACUGCUGCUAUGAGGGAGGAGUCCAGGGCCAUGCUGACUCCUGGGUCUCCGUCUGCACCUGCUCAGGGCUCAGAGGCUUGGUGAUCCUGUCGCCAGAGAGAAGCUACGCCCUGGAGCUGGGGCCUGGGGACCUUCAGGGUCCCCCCAUCAUCUCUCGGAUCCAAGACCUUCUCCUGCCAGGCCACACCUGUGCCCUGAGCGGGCGUGCAUCUGUGUCCACUCAGGCUCCGCCAGAGCGCCCCCUAGGAUGGAACCACAGUCGCCGGCGGAGGCGGGAUGUGGUGACAGAGACCAAGAUUGUUGAGCUGGUGAUUGUGGCUGACCAUUCCGAGGUCCAGAAGUACCAGGACUUCCAGCGCUUGCUGAACCGCACACUGGAAGUGGCCCUCCUCCUGGACACGUUCUUCCGGCCCCUGAAUGUCCGGGUGGUGCUCGUGGGCCUGGAGGCCUGGACCCAGCGCGACCUGGUAGAGAUAAGCCAGGACCCAGGUCUCACGCUAGACAACUUCCUCCGCUGGCGCCGGGUAGACUUGCUACGUCGAUUGCCCCACGACAGUGCCCAGCUGGUGACUGCUACUUCAUUCUCUGGGCCCGUGGUGGGCAUGGCCAUUCAGAACUCCAUCUGUUCUCCUGACUUCUCAGGAGGCGUGAACAUGGACCACUCCACAAGCAUCCUGGGAGUCGCCUCCUCAAUAGCCCAUGAGUUGGGCCACAGCCUGGGCCUGGACCACGACUCCCCUGGGAACAGCUGCCCCUGUCCAGGUCCAGCCCCAGCCAAGAGCUGCAUCAUGGAGGCCUCCACAGACUUCCUGCCCGGCCUGAACUUCAGCAACUGCAGCCGUUGGGCCCUAGAGAAAGCUCUCCUGAAUGGAAUGGGCAGCUGCCUCUUUGAACGGCUUCCCGGCCUGCCCUCUAUGGCCAAAGUCUGCGGAAACAUGUUUGUGGACCCGGGCGAGCAGUGCGACUGUGGCUUCGCGGAUGACUGCACUGAUCCCUGCUGUGAUUACGUCACCUGCCAGCUGAGGCCAGGGGCACAGUGUGCAUCCAAUGGACCCUGCUGUCAAAACUGCCAGCUGCGCCCGGCUGGCUGGCAGUGCCGCCCUCCCAGAGGUGACUGUGACUUGCCCGAGUUCUGCCCGGGAAACAGCUCCCAGUGCCCCCCUGAUGUCAGCCUGGGGGACGGUGAGCCGUGUGCUGGCGGACAGGCCGUGUGCAUGGAAGGGCGCUGUGCUUCCUACACCCAGCAGUGCCAGGCUCUCUGGGGCCCUGGGGCCCAGCCCGCCACGCCACUUUGCCUCCUCACUGCCAACACUCGAGGGGAUGCCUUUGGGAGCUGUGGGCGCAGCCCUCGUGGCAGCUAUGUGUCCUGUGCCGCUAGAGAUGCCAUUUGCGGGCAGCUUCAAUGCCAGGGGGGUUUGGCCCAGCCUCUGCUGGGCUCAGCCCGGGAUCUGCACUGGGAGACACUGGAAGUCAACGGGACCCAGCUGAAUUGCAGCUGGGUCCACCUGGACCUGGGCAAUGACGUGGCCCAGCCCCUCCUGACUCUUCCUGGCACAGCCUGUGGCCCUGGCCUGGUGUGUAUCAACCAUCGAUGCCAGCCCGUGGAUCUCCUGGGAGCUCAGGAGUGUCGGAGGAAAUGCCAUGGGCAUGGGGUCUGCGACAGCAACAAGCACUGCCACUGUGAGGAGGGCUGGGCACCCCCUGACUGCACCACCCAGAUCAGAGCAACCAGCUCCCUGACCACAGGGCUGCCCCUCAGCCUCCUGUUGAUGGUGGUCCUGGUGCUGCUUGGUGCCAGCUACUGGUACCGUGCCCGCCUGCGCCAGCGACUCUGCCAGCUCAAGGGACCCAGCUGCCAAUACAGGGCAGCCCAGUCUGGUCCUCCAGAACGCCCAGGACCCCCGCAGAGGGCCCUGCUGGUGUCAGGUGCCAAGGCUAGUGCUCUUGGCUUCCCGGCCCCCCCCUCCAGGCCGCUGCCUCCUGACCCUGUGCCCAAGAGACUCCAGGCUGAGCUGGCUGACCGACCUAAUCCCCCCACCCGCCCUCUGCCCGUUGACCCAGUCGUGAGGCGCUCAAAGUCUCAGGGGCCUGUCAAGCCCCCACCCCCGAGGAAGCCACUGCCUGCUGACCCCCAGGGCCAGCGCCCUUUGGGGGACCUCCCUGGCCCAGAAGCUGGAAUCCCGCCCCUAGUGUUACCCUCCAGGCCUGCCCCGCCGCCCCCAGCAGUGUCAUCGCUCUACCUCUGAUCUUUCCUGAGGUUUCGCUGCCUCCAACCCGAACUUAGGACCUCAAGAGGCGGACCCGCCCCCUGGGGCCCCCCGCGAUGACCCAAAGAGCUGGAGACUGGAGCGGAGCAGGCGUCUUAAGACAUGGGGCACCUCCACGCGCUGUAGAGCA